GGGCGGAGGCGCCGCGAUAGGCCCAACCGGACCGCUGGAGCGAGCGGGAAGCGCAGCGGGCGUGCAUCCUCUUCCGCCCCGGCCCGGAAGGGUGAUGUGGCUGGACCAGCACCGGCCUCACUAUGUCUGCCAUUUUCAAUUUUCAGAGUCUGUUGACUGUAAUCUUGCUGCUUAUAUGUACGUGUGCUUAUAUCCGAUCCCUGGCACCCAGCAUCCUGGACAGAAAUAAAACUGGACUAUUGGGAAUAUUUUGGAAGUGUGCUCGUAUUGGUGAACGCAAGAGUCCUUACGUCGCCAUAUGCUGUAUAGUGAUGGCCUUCAGCAUCCUCUUCAUACAGUAGCUUUGGAAACUACCAGCAUGUGAUUGCCAUCAGACUGUGUUAAACAAGGACUUGCCUCCAGAACAUAAUGGGAAGAAUGGUUAAGCCAUUUUUCUCUGAACAUGGAAUGAGAUAAAUUUCAAGAUGCUGUUCUCUAUUUUUAUGCUAUUGGACCAAUGAGCUGUAUGAAUAAUUAAGAUGUAACAGUUUAAUACACAGGAAUGUGAUUGUAGCCAUCAACCUCGGUUCUCUCACUUCAGUAUUACACUCUGCAAAUAUCAUUCUGUUCUGUCAGGACUGCUUUUUCUAAGGUUCUCAAGGAACGAAGUAGAAACCCAGUGGCAAAUUUCACAGGCUCCUUUGAUUAAGGCUUCAAAAUAAUGUCUUCACAGAAUGAGACCUUCUAGCGACUGGCCUAUUUUUAUUGAGAAAAAAAAAAAAAAAAACGUUCUAUUUUUGUUGAUGUUACUGUUCUUAUGGAUUGCAUUCAUAUUUAAACCCUUUUGAUUGCUAACCAGAGUACCUCUAUUCUUGGCAAAUUCUGUAGUUUAUUACAGGUGUUUAAAAUAUUUUAAACAAAACUCUGUAUUUCUUUAAUUAGCAUAAGAGUUGGGCUUCUAGUCACAAAACUAUAGCUGCCAUCUUGUGACGGAAGAGUAUCUUAGAAUGAAAAGCAGCAAGUAGAAUGAUGAGCGAGCGAGUAAGCGUCAUGCCUUUUUUGUUUUCUGUAGUGUUGUCUUCCAAAUAGAACAUCCAUUGUAGUUACCCAAAUGUGUAAUUUGUGGUAUUUGUAAUGCAGCACUUUAAUCUAGUUUAUGUUCUGUCAGCUUGAACUGGAAUCUCUUUUUUAACUUUGUAGGUGAUAAACAUAUAUCUGCUUUUGGGUACUAUGCUCCAAGUAUAUUUCAGCUUUGACACAGAAUGUGGAUAGACUUGAAUGAAGCACACAUGUCAAAGGUUACUUACUAGUUUGUGUCAAACAUUUCUUCAGGUUCAGCUGAAAAUUAGUUACUAUUUCAAAGCAAAGAGGAAUUAAACCCUAGCUGAAAACACUUCUA